CCAGGCCAGGGGGUCCAGAGUCCAGGCUUGACUCAUCCCCCACCUCACUGGGACUGGGAUCUCAGCUCUGUAACAGAAAACACCAGUACUUGAGCCCCAGCCCAGCAGAGAACCACCCAGCCCAGCACUCAAGGGAAGAGGCAGCUGUCCUGUGCCUUCCCGCCACCAUGGAGUACCUCUCUGCCCUGAACCCCAGCGGCCUGCUCAGGUCAGUAUCCAGUGUGAGCUCCGAGUUUGGCCGUAGGGUCUGGACCUCAGCUCCACCACCCCAGCGACCUUUCCGUGUCUGUGAUCACAAGCGGACCAGCCGGAAAGGUCUGACAGCUGCCACCCGCCAGGAACUCCUAGACAAGGCAUUGGAGACCCUGCUGCUGAGCGGAGUGCUGAUACUUGUGCUAGAGGAGGACGGGACCGCCGUGGAGAGUGAGGACUUCUUCCAGCUGUUGGAGGAUGACACGUGCCUGAUGGUGCUGGAGUCUGGGCAGAGCUGGAGCCCCAGCAGGAGCGGGAUGCUGUCAUAUGGGCUGGGACGGGAGAAGCCCAAGCACAGCAAGGACAUCGCCCGCAUCACCUUCGACGUAUACAAGCAAAACCCUCGAGACCUAUUGGGCAGCCUGAACAUCAAAGCCACAUUCUACGGGCUCUACUCCAUGAGUUGUGACAUACAAGGACUUGGCCCAAAGAAAGUACUCAGGGAGCUCCUCCGAUGGAUCUCCACUCUGCUGCAAGGCCUGGGCCAUAUAUUGCUGGGAAUUUCCUCUACCCUUCGACAUGCAGUGGAAGGGGCUGAGCAGUGGCAGUUGCAGCGGCAGGGUCGCCUCCAUCCCUACUGAGAAGGGGCUCUGAGCUUCUGCCCCUACUGAUUCCAAGAGACAGAGUGUAAGGACUGUCACAACAUCAAGUCUGGGGACCAGCAGACAGUGCAGACCAGAUAACUUACCUGAUUUUCCCACUGUCCUCUGACCUCACCGUGACAGGCCCCAUCAGCAUAAUGCCUUACACCCCUAGCCUAUGCCCAUUCCUGAAGAAUGCUGUCCCUUCCUAGCCAUCUCUCCAGCUCCCACUUACCCGGAAAGGCCACAAGCCUGGCCCCAGGCAUCCUGACCGCACCCUGAUUGCUGGUACAUCUAGAUGUCCUUACAACUCUUCCUGUCCCUAAGCUCCCCAGUGCAGGGGACAGCCCUCUCUGACUUUACCUUGACAUCUCCAUUUCUUCAUACCCUUCCCCCAAAAAUAACAAAGACAUUUCCAAUAAAAAUAUAAAAAUGUUUACCA